GUUACCGCACCAAUAAGAACUGUCCCCCUUCCCCCUCACUUUAUAGUUUUUAAAACGUUAUCUAUGAUCAAAUGCAAAGGGAGUUUCUGCAGCAUUUAGAAACAAUUUCCUCGAGAAAUGGCCAUCUUUUUCGUGAAUUGUAUUAUUGCCUGUAUCUGUGGGAUAAGUCUAGCCAAUGUGAGUUCAAAUGAGAAGAUUUACUCAGAUAACAUCACUCGCAUUCUGGAUCGACUUUUGGAUGGUUAUGACAAUAGACUACGACCUGGAUCUGGAGGUGGCGUUACUGAGGUGAAAACAGACAUCUUUGUCACAAGUUUUGGACCUGUGUCAGAUGUUGAGAUGGAAUACACCACAGACAUGUUCUUUCGACAAAUGUGGGUUGAUGAGCGGCUGAAAUUUGUGGGUCCAAUUGAAAUCCUGCGUCUGAACAACCUCAUGGUUGACAAGAUCUGGACCCCGGACACCUUCUUCCGAAACUCCAAAAAGUCAAUUUCCCACAACAUGACCACACCUAACAAGCUUUUCCGUAUUAUGCAAAAUGGGACUGUCCUUUACACAAUGAGACUGACAAUAAGUACAGCGUGUCCAAUGAAUCUUAUGGACUUCCCCAUGGAUGGCCAUGCUUGUCCUCUCAGGUUUGGAAGCUAUGCCUAUACCAGCAGGGAAAUCGUUUUCACUUGGAGGAAGGGGCCGAUAAAGUCUGUCGACUGUCCCAAAGAGUCCAUGAGCCUUUUGCAGUACGAUCUGGUGGGGCAGAUACUGUCGAAUGAGAUUUUCAAGUCAAGCACAGGUCAGUACUCUGUGCAGGUGGUCCAUUUCCACCUCCAGAGGAAGCUGGGAUACUACCUCAUUCAGACAUACAUUCCACUUAUCAUGGUUGUCGUGCUGUCGCAAGUCUCUUUCUGGAUCAAUAAGGAGUCUGUCCCUGCACGUACAGUCGCCGGCAUCACCACAGUGCUAACAAUGACUACCUUGAGCAUCAGCGCCCGUCAGUCGCUCCCCAAAGUGGCCUACGCCACAGCCAUGGAUUGGUUCAUCGCCGUGUGUUUCGCCUUCGUGGCUUCAGCACUCGUCGAGUUUGCAGCAGUCAACUACCUUGCCACGCUGCAGGCCAACCGCCUGAAGAAGACAAAAGCUCGACAAGAUAAGCUAGAGGUUUUGGCUACCGCGAGUGACGAUGACGACCCAGUUUCGGAGUCCAACAUCAGCAGUCAAGAAGGCCUGAAGAGGAGAAACCACUCUGUGUGUCCCAGUGAACCAGUCGAAGCUCCACCUGUGCCAAUAUUCCUCCAGCAGGGCUCGGCUUUCCCCCAAAUCCCACAGCUGGCCGGCACCAGCCCCAUCGACAAGUACGCUCGCAUUCUCUUCCCCUUGACAUUUGGCCUCUUCAACCUUGUCUACUGGUACAUCUACCUGGGCAAGGACACCAUGGAGACAGCCAGGGACGUGGAUCCAACCUCCUAAAAGCGAGAGGACCAGGAAAAGGGCACGUGCAGAGCGAGAGACCACCCUCCCCCUUCCCCUCUCUCUCUCUCUCUCUCUCUCUCUCUCUCUCUCUCUCUCUCUCUCGCUCUCUGAAGCUCUCAGCAUUUGUUCUGCUCUCAUCUGACAGAGGAAAUGAAUCAGAAACUCAUUUAUUCUGCUGCCGCACAUUCAUUCAUUUCGCAGGCUGUGACCGCGGCCCGCUUGUGUUCUGAUCAGUAGGCUGACGAACUGCCCUUCACGGGCCUCGAACGCUUUCAAGCCCGCCGACCUCGGAAACCAGACAGCGACAGCUGACAACGGAACGAGUGGUACCACGGGAACCGCACAAGACACAUGAAAAAGAAAGCGGACGAUAUCAUCUAUGAUGGCUGCACCUGCUGGUGAUGCAAGAGUGAACCAAUGCUUUCAGAAGGCUGCCCUCUAUAGAGGCACAGCCCCCACUGCUAGCACAUCAAAGUCCACUUCCCUCUCUAUGUCGCCAAAAUGUGCUCAAAGCUGAGAGAAUGCAUGCUGGGGGUGGGCUUUGCAUCCCACCUUUGUCCACACAUGUCGCUGUGGGGUUCAUUUCGCAACUGUGGGCACACACACACACACGCACAGUGGGAGGAAAAAGUACGUGAAGUCUUUGGAAUUUCUUGUAUUUCUGCAUAAAUUGGUCAUAAAAUGUGGUCUGAUCUGUAUCUAAACAACAUCUUCUUUUCCUUUGAGCUUGUCCCGUUAGGGGUCGCCACACCUUGUCAUCCUUUUCCAUGUAAGCUUCUCCCGCAUCCUCUCUAACACCAACUGCCCUCAUGUCUUCCCUCACGACAUCCAUCAACCUUCUCUUUGGUCUUCCUCUCAUUCUCUAGCCUGGCAGCUCCAUCCUCAUCAUCCUUCUACCAAUAUACUCACUCUCUCUCCUGCGGAUGUGUCCAAACCAUCGAAGUCUGCUCUCUCUAACUUUGUCUCCAAAACAUCGAACCUUGGCUCUCCCUCUGAUGAGCUCAUUUCUAAUUUUAUCCAACCUGGUCACUCCGAGAGCGAACCUCAACAUCUUCAUUUCCGCCGCCUCCAAACUCUGCUUCCUGUUGUCUCUUCAGUGCCACUGUCUCUAUUUCGUACAUCAUGGCUGGCCUCACCACUAUUUUAUAAACUUUGCCCUUCAUACUAGCAGAGCCUCUUCUGUCACAUAACACACCUGACACCUUCCUCCACCCGUUCCAACCUGCUUGGACCCGUUUCUUCACUUCUUUACCACACUCACCAUUGCUCUGGACGGUUGACCCCAAGUAUUUAAAGUCCUCCUCUUCUCCCUGUAGCCUCACUCUUCCCCCACCACCCCUCUCAUUCUAAACCACAUAGAUAAACAAAUUGAUACUACAACAAUACAACACAAACAAUUAUAUGGUUUCAUAGUUUUACUGAAAAUAACGUAAACAUUCGCAGGACAGGGAGGAAAAAGUAAGUGAACCCUUGGUGAUUGACCCUCUUUUGGCAGCAACACCCUCAAGCAAACCUUUUCUGUAAUUGCAAAUCAGACGUGUAUCAGGAUGAAUUUUGGACCAUUCCUCUUUACAAAACCUACAAAACACGUUCAGGGUGUACCCCACCUCCUGCCCGAUGAUAGCUGGGAUAGGCUCCAGCACGCCCGCGACCCUAGUGAGGAGAAGCGGCUCAGAAAAUGGAUGGA